AUGCCUCAAAUCUGCGUCUUCCCCGCCGCCGGCGCCCUUGGCACCAGCACGAUCAAGCACCUGGUCAAGCUGGUCCCGGCCUCCGACCUGGUCCUCGUGGCCCGGAAGCCCGACGCGCUGGCGGAGCUGGCUCGUGCGGGGGCCACCGUCCGUCGGGCCGACUACGAGGAGCCCGCCACGCUGGACCGGGUAUUUGACGGGGUGGAUGUGCUAUUUCUGGUCUCGUAUGCAUCGAUUGAGAUUCAGUUUCGCUUUGAGGCACACAAGCAUGCUAUCGACGCCGCCCGCCGCAGCGGCGUCAAGCACAUCUUCUACUCCUCCCUGGGCUUUGCGGGCGACCUCGCGAAGACCAGCGUCGCGCACGUGAUGGGCGCACACCUGAAAACGGAACGGUAUCUGGCCGAGCUGCAGGAGUCAUCUUCCGGGCCGCACAACCAAAUGACCUACACCGCGGUGCGGGAGGGAAUCUACGCCGAGUCGUUCCCGAUCUACACCAGCUGGCUGGAUCUGCACCACCCCCCCACCACAAACGAGGUGCUGAUCCCGCACCCCGGCGACGGGCCGGGGGUGACCUGGGUGAAGCGGGACGAGCUAGGCGAGGCCACCGCACGACUGAUUGCUGACUACGCUAGGGACCAGCGCGGGUUUGCGUAUGUGAACCGCGUGCUGUUGCUGUCUGGUCCGAGGGAGAUCUCGCUCCGGGAGACGGUGGAGAUCCUGGGUCGGGUGUGCGGGAGACCCCUCGCCAUCCGAACUGUUCCCGUGGAAGAUUUUGUGAAGCUGCCGCAGCAUGGGAAGAAGUUCUUUUAUCAUGGGAUUGAUCUGACGAGGGAGUGGGCGACGGCGUGGGAUGCGAUCCGGCGCGGGGAAACGGCGGUGGUAUCCCCGCUGCUGGGCCAGAUCUUGGGCCGUGAGCCGGAGAGCUAUGAGACGACCAUCCAGGCGUUGUAUGACUCUAGUGGAUAAUAGAUAGCUGGUCGCAACUGUUUUGAUAGGUGUUUUCGAGAAAAUUGAGAUUGUGCUUUUGCAUAUGAGAAGAGAUGGUGACGCAAGUCGGAUUGCGCAUGGCGGGGUAGACGGUGGGUGGCCGUCGGGCCCUCCAUCGCUACAGUAACUAGGUACCCGAGGGCGCCGAUGCCACUUGCCGAUAUUCCUCUCGGUCGGCACUUGACCCUGCAGACAGGAUACAGAGUUUAUCAGGCUGACCGGGCGGGAAUACCCAGGUGGGCUCGUGACUUUGUUCUGGCUGGGCUGCCAAACGGCCCCUCCCCCGCAAACACCAACCGCUCGUCUCUGCCGUGAGCGGGAAUAAUCUCUUCCGGCGGGCAGGAUCUGACCAACUCAGCUUGUCUUGCACGGCAUUCGCCCCACGUCAACAUCAGCCGUCGGGAGGUCGAGGAUCCGGGGUGCGCUGACCUGCACGGCAGAUUGCCAACAAGACGGACGCAGGCCCGGUCCGGCU